AUGUUCCGCGCUCGGCCAAAACGUAUUGUCCGACUGAUGUCUCGGCCAAAGUCCAAAGCCACUCGGCCGAUCACACAGCACGACCCGGGAAACAUUGUCCCGCGGUCGGCCAAGUUCCAACGCUUCACGCCACUCCGCGCACGACCAACGCGCGCGAGCCGGGGAACAAGCCUCGCGGCCGCGCAACUCACUUCGCGUACCACGGCCGAUGCAUCCGUCCGAGCCGGGAAGAACGUCCCACGUCCGGCCGGAAACCAUCGGCCAAACCUUCAUCCACCCGACCAUGCCGGCACGACCGUGAAAUCAUCUGGCCGACCGUCCCGAACGACCGUCCGAACGCCGCGGUCGACCCGAAGCCGUUUUUGA